AGCACCGCGGUGUGUUCGGGAAACUCUGCAGCAAAACAACCAACAUGUUUCCUCUCGGUUUGUAGCUCAGGAUUCACCGCGGUCUCACCGAACUGUUGCUUCCGUUCUAUCGAUAUGACUAUCUGUAUUUUUUUUAAUGAAGCCGCACUUUAUUUUUUCUUUAGUUGGUUCUUGACGCCGAGCGAGUGUUUUAUUCAGUAACUCGCCGCUGUAGCUGCCCAGAGGCCAUGGGCUGCGCGUUUGUAUUCAGUCGUUAUUGUUAUUUUUAAACCUUAAAUGCUUUCCAAAGGACAAAAUCCUAAAAGACGAAGUCUUUCUCGGGUCUCCCUCUCUCUGACUGCGGGAAUAUGUUUGCUCGCUGGGUGACCCUGGCACUUCUCCGGGGAAGUUUGUUAGCAGGUCCUGGGCAAGGCGAGGUCAUUACCAAAGAGUGUGUGUAUUAUAACGAUAACUGGCGAGCUGAGAAGACUAAUCAGAGUGGCUACGAGAGAUGUGAAGGAGACAAGGACAAGCGGCAACACUGCUAUGCAUCCUGGAUCAACUCAUCAGGAACCAUACACCUGGUGAAGAAGGGCUGCUGGCUCGAUGACUUUAACUGCUAUGACCGGCAGGAGUGUGUGGCCACAGAGGAAAACCCUCAGGUGUUUUUCUGCUGCUGCGAGGGAAAUUACUGCAACGAAAGAUUUACCCAUCUGCCUGAAGGCACCACUCCUGGAGUAAAGAUCCAGCCUCCUCCGAUGGGACCGUCCCUGCUUGGUGUAUUGGCAUACUCUCUCCUCCCUCUGCUUGUGCUGUCUCUGGCCUUUUUCCUCGCAUGCUGGACUUAUCACCAGCGCAAAGCUCCAUACGGCCAUGUGGACAUUAAUCAGAGUGUUGGUCCUGCCCCUCCAUCCCCUCUGGUUGGUCUGAAGCCCCUUCAGUUGCUGGAGUUGAAGGCAAGGGGGCGUUUUGGGUGUGUGUGGAAGGCUCAGCUACUGACUGAAUACGUUGCAGUCAAGAUAUUCCCUGUUCAGGAUAAGCAGUCAUGGCAGAACGAGAGAGACAUCUACCUUACUGAGGGACUGAGGCAUGAAAACCUGCUGCACUUCAUCUCUGCUGAAAAGCGAGGAACCAACCUGCAAAUGGAGCUCUGGCUCAUCACCGAAUUCCAUGAAAGGGGAUCUUUAACAGAUUACCUAAAGGGGAACACGGUGAACUGGCAUGAGUUGUGUCACAUUGCAGGGAGCAUGGCCCGAGGCCUGGCCUACCUACAUGAGGAUCUGUCCUACAGACUGGAGUGUCCUAAACCAGCAGUCGCACAUAGGGACUUUAAGAGUAAGAACGUGCUGCUUAGGAAUGAUUUGUCUGCUGUGAUUGGAGACUUUGGUCUGGCUGUACGCUUUGAGCCGGGAAAGCCCCCAGGAGAUACUCAUGGCCAGGUUGGUACUAGACGCUACAUGGCUCCGGAGGUGCUAGAGGGUGCCAUAAAUUUUCACAGGGAUGCAUUUUUAAGGAUUGAUAUGUACGCUUUUGGCCUUGUUCUCUGGGAGCUGUUGUCCCGCUGCACUGCUGCUGAUGGGACUGUACAUGAAUACAUGCUGCCAUUUGAGGAGGAAGUGGGGCACCACCCAACUCUAGAGGAUCUUCAGGAUGUGGUGGUUCAUAAGAAGAUGAGACCUAUACUGAAAGACUUCUGGCUCAAACAUCCAGGAUUGGCCCAGCUGUGUGAGACGGUGGAAGAGUGCUGGGACCACGACGCGGAGGCCCGUCUGUCUGCGGGCUGUGUGGAGGAACGCAUCAUCACCAUCACCAGGGCAAACAACAACAUCAACAGUUCUACCUCAGACUGCCUGGUCUCCAUGGUUGUGAUAGAUAGCGACUCGGCUCUACCACGCAAAGAGGCGAGCAUGUGAUCGGUGUCGGUCAGUGAAGUGGGAACUGGAGACCGCUGCACCACUAACCUUUCAGUCGUGAGAACUUUGCUGCUCUUCUGAUAUUUUUUUUUUAAUGGAGUUAAACAUAAAGGUCUGCAAGCAGAAUAAUAAGGAUGAAAUCUGAAUGUUGUUUCCAAAAUCUAACUGUGUGCAUGCACAUAUGCAGACCAUAGCUGUGCUCAUUCAAGAAAUUCUGGCAUUUUACCCAUGAAUUUCAGGCGCCAAGUGAUGAUGAUUAAUAUUAUUAUUAUUUAAAAAAGUUUUUCUUUAGUUGUCGCUGAAUUUGCUUGUAGAUCUUUCGCACAAAUUUUACCUCUGUGAUUUUAAUUUGGACGACAAAGCACAAAAACGCAACACCUCAUCCAGCAAUCAUUUCACAGUGCACUCAUUCACUACCUCCUUGUGUUUUCAGUGAUAUUUUUUUUUAGCAUUCAAAUGUGAAUUUUUUUAAGGACAUUUACUUUCCCUAAUAUCUUCAUCCACUCCGUAAAAUGCCUCCAUUUACAGGACAUGGCUUGCGAGAUCUCCAUUCCUCACGUAUUUUCAAGCUGUUGAGCAGUGAUUUAGGAAAGUGGAAAGUUAAAGACUGUUACACACAACAGACCUCUGUUUAAUCGAGUACCUCUUUCUCUUACUCAGUGAUCUUUCUUAGAUUGUUUCUAGAAUCUUCAGUUUCUUUGUGAAAGUGUCUGACCUGUUUUAUGAAGAAGGUAAUGUUUGGUGAGGAGAGCAGUUGUCUGGAACACUGGAAUCAAAAGGCAGCAGGACUGUUCUUUUUCUUUUCCCCCCAGUAUUACUGUAUUUUAAUUAUUUUUUGCUUGUUUGCCGAUUAUCUGUUUAAACGGAAGAUUUAUUGUGGUGUGUGUGGUGGUUUGGGAAAACCUGAAUUUUGCUGCAACAUAGAUUUUACUAUAGCAGUGAGGAAUUUUUUUUAUGUAGCCUACUUUUUUUAACUUAAUUUUUUUUUUUUUUUUUUUUUGGUCGGCCUGCUAUGAUCAUUUUAUAAAAAAGCAGGUUUAACAAAGAAAGAAGUAAAGCCAGUCAGUCUGCCUAAAGAUGUUCACAAUGUCUGCCUGCUUUUGCCGUAAUUAAGGCAUUAGCUUCAUCUAUUUGACUUAUAAUUAGAAACGUCAAUGAUUCUCUAUUGAUGUUAGCCGGAGCAGAGAUCAGUGAAGAGAUAUCGAUUAAUUGAAUGUUUUGUUUAAGUGCCGCAAGUGACUUUUACUUUAGUUGAUCUGUAUUGACGUGGAUGAUGCUAAUAGUCACCAAUGAAACGAAACUUAUCCUUUACAUUUUUGGUGGUAAACAAAUUUCUAAAAUGCCUUUUAUAUACACCAAUCAGCCAUAACAGUAAAACCACAUGCCUGAUAUUGUGGAGGCCCCCCUUGUGCUAUCAAAACAGCUCUUACUCGCCAAUGGAUUCCAUGUGGUGUGCACUAGUUUCUGGCACCAAGAUAUAAGGAGCAGAUCUCUUAAAUCCUAAUAAGAAGUUGUGAGGUGGACUGGUCUGUGCUUGUGCAGCCCCGUGCAUCCUUUAUAUAUAGAUAGAUAGAUAGAUAGAUAGAUAGAUAGAUAGAUAGAGAUAUCAGAACCAGUAUUAACCUUUUCAGCAAUUUGUGCUACAGUAGCUCACUUGUUGGAUUGGAGCAGACAUACUAUGGCCAAGAUGGUUUUGGCUGCCCUUGACUCGCCCAAUGGUUCACCAGUUAUCUUUCCUUGAACCACUUUUGUUGAGCACUGUGUAUCAGAACACCCACAAAAACCUGCCGUUCUGGAGAAGCUCUGCCCCAGUUUUCCAGGCAUUGCAACAUGCCCUGUGUCUGAGUCACUCACAUAUCUACUCUUGCCCAUUUUUCCACAUCAAAUUCAAAGAAAUUAUUACUGUUCACUUGCUGCCUAAUAUUUCCCCCCCAAAAAAUCUGUUAUUUACUUCACCUGUCUGUGUUUUUAAUGUUAUGGCUGUUCAGUGUAUAUAAACCCAUCUGACCCCAUGUGAAGGGUUUUCCCAGGUCACCACACACAAACACUAAAAACGCACAACUUCAUAUGCUUAAUCUAUUGACCACCCAAAGUAGCGUCUACAGGAUAAGCAUUGUGACACGGAAAUGCCUUUCUACUCCUCAUGCUUUAGUAUUAUAUGCCUGCAUAUUUAGGGCAGGGUCUCUGAAAGUGUGUCAGUGAACAUGUGAUGUGUGCAUUAAGGACCGGUGCUGCCUAUAGUAAGAGCAAUAGCAGUGACCCUACAGGAUUAACAAGGGUGGGUUUGUUUGUGAUGUCUUUUAUUACUCAGGUAAAUGUGUGAUUAUAUCUAUAUACGAGUCUGGUAUAAGUGUGUGUGUGGGGGGGGAGAUUAAAUUGCACAGCUUUUAGCAAUAGACCUCAGCUGUAGGAACGUCUCAGUGGAGUGAUGCUCUGUAUAGUUGGUGCUUGGUGUUCCUAAUUACCCCUCCUUCAGAAACCAGCCGUAUUGAAUCACACGUUGGCUGAGUAUUUGAAGUUUAGUAGUAAUAACAAUUCUGACCUCAUAUUUAGAUGAGUAUUAUAUUGUUUUGUGGUAGAUCUGUAAUUAAAUCUAUGUCUACUUUUAUACGAUUAAGAGAUGUUUUUUUUUUUUUAUAUAGAAAGUGCUGUGAUUUUUAUUUUAUUUUUGCGCUCACAAUACAGAUAAAUGAAGACGAUGUGACUGGUCUGUGACUUUUAUGCACAGAGUAGCAAUUAUUUUCUUUCUUCAUUAAUUUUAUUGUAUUAUUAUUAUUAUUAUUAUUAUUAUUAUCAUCGUUAUUUUAUUACUGUUAUAUAAGUUAAAACCUACCUCAUUUUAACCACUCUGGAAUAAUGGUUUUGUUACAUCGCACGCUUUUCAGCUAAUGUUUGUGUUCUUUUUGUGUGUACAGUUAUAGUUUGUAUACAACAGCAGCAUCCAUAAAGCUCUCCCCUGAGCCAAUUCAAUAAGCUUGACUGACACUUGUAAAUGUAUACUGAGAUCAGGGAUUUCAAAGUCAACCUACAACGUAAUAAAGCUAUCUGCAGGUUG